AUGGAUCCGGCCGAAGUGAUCAGAACUCUCAGGGACCUUUCUGAAAGGAAGAUUAAUCUCACGAAGGAGUUGAGAGACAUAACUGAAGCUCUCAAAAACGAACACGAAAGGAGAAUUCGAGAGAAAAAAGAAGAGAUAAAGAAAAGAGAGGACGAAGAGAAGAGCAGAAUGCAGGAGGAGCUGGACAAACGAGUUAAAGAGGCGGAGCAAGAGAUCCAGAAGUUCAAGAAAGAGCUGGAAGAUGACAAGGACGUCAAAGACAAGGAGAUCGAGAAGCUGGACCAGGAGAGAGAAAGAAUGGAGAAAGAGCGGCACGAUGUGGCAAAGAAAGGCUUGGCGGAUACGAUCACCCGGAAGAAGGAGGGCUGCCAGCAGGAAAAGUCGCGAAACGACGAGCUGGACGAGUCGAGAAGGGCUGGAAGACGUCAACUGGAGGAGCAUGUGGGGGAGAUCCGACGAGGAGGUCUGCAGAUGAUCGGAGUGAUGUCGGCGAUCGAGAAUGCGGCGGAUCAGAACGAGAGGGACAUUUCCUUGGAGGGAUGCAGUCGUCGCAUUCGAUCGACCUGUGCAAGUCUUGCCGAGGAUAGCAACGCUCUUCUGACCAAGGUUUGUGUUUGUUCUUUCGAGACUUCGUUUUCAGUUCAUCUGAUAGUAUUUUCAAACGACGUGUCGUAGUGAAACAGGUUGUCCUUCUGUUUACGGUCUAGAAAUGAGGGGGGAGGAGCUAUUCUAGAAUGUGGGGGGCUGAUCCGUACAAGGCUUUUUAAUGCUUAUUACAAAGUUGGGGGGCGAUCCUUUGAAGAUUGCCUAGGCAUUUUAGAAUCACCCCCACUUAGCACUGUGAGGGGGUGAUUCUAUAAUAAGGUAUAUACAAGUUCGCUGCUGAUCGCAAUCUAACCGAGGGGUUAAAAAAAUGCUGAUAGUGGGAAACCGCGACUAGGAGACUCAGCACACCCUAGAACGAAUAUGUGACUAGAGCGAGUUUAUUAAUUAUCACUGAUAUCACGAUAGGAACUUUUUUUCAUUUAUUUAUUGAACAUACAUUUUCCGUUCAAAUCCUAAUUUUUAAGGUGAACGUUUGGUUGGGAGACAAAACGAAGGCGACUAACUUGUCUGUGAGUUCAAGAUUCCAUUUUAUUAUUUUUUCCAAAACUCCAAUUUCAGAUUCUCUACGAACGUUACGCCGAAAGCGAGAAAAAGUUGGAAAAAGGCGUUCAGGAGGCCAUAGAUCAACUCGGCCAGAUAUCUCAACCAGACGCCUCGAUCAUAGCGUAUUCGGUGAGCUUUUUUGAGAAAGGGAAGAAGGAAUUUCUAUUGCUGGAGUUGAUAAAGAAGCAUGUACCGAUUCAAAAAAAGGUUUCGAGAAGAAGAUCCGUUUUUCGAGUGGUGUAUGAUUUUUUUUUCUAAUUAAUUUUUUCUCAAACUUCUUAAAGAUCCCUGCAUCAUUGAAAUUUCAGGACUCAAUAUGAGACCGUAACUCCAAAAUUUCGAGUACAAGAAUGAUUAACACAAGAAAAAAAAGAUUUUAAGUAACUUUGGAAUUUUUAAGGCUCACAUCAACGAAAUCAAAUCUCUUCUCGAUUGUUUUGAAAACCCUCAACAUCACACUAUCAGCCCAUAUCGAGGUGAGUUGAUUAUCCGUGGAGCGCGAUUCGAACUAAACCGUUUUUUUAAGCGACACUGUGAGUCGAUUAAAAGAGUUUCUAACUCAAAAUAUAUCAUUUUCUAAUUGGGCCAAAAAAUCGAAAUUCUUCUGACAGACUGCAGAAAUUUAAGAACUUCCAGCUGCGAAAUGUCAAUUGCAGCUGAAUUCUGGGAAUAAGGGGCUUUAAUUCUAAUUCACCGGUUAUUACGUCAUAAUCUCAUCGGAAAACUGUAUCGCACGUGGAAUGGUUCGGCAGCCGACUUAAAACGACUUUCGCUUUGAUUCAUCUUGAAUAUUUUGAACGCAGCUUCUCAUCCCACGUGCGACCAGAAUGAAUGACAAGUUUUUGCCCAAAACUCGAAUUAUUCUGAAUUCUCUCAUCUUUUUGCUUUUAUGAAUGAAAGAAAGGGGUGCGCAGAUGGGUCAAAAUGUUUAAAGUUAUUGAACGCGGGCUAUAAAAACAGAUAAGUUAUAUUUUGAAGCUGGAGAACCUCGAUACUACUUGCGUGAGUGA